UACUCCUCAUCUGCCGGAGAGAAGCUCAGAACACACAAAGAAGAAGCCAUGAGGAACACACUGCUGAAGAUGCUGGCUGCCUUAAUGUGCACGCUGGCCACCUGUGCAGAUGUCAUGCCUGUGAAAGACUUCAACCUGGAGAUGAUGGCAGGCAAGUGGUACUUGGUUGGCUUUGCUACCAACGCUCAGUGGUUUGUGAAUCACAAGGCAUCGAUGAAGUCAGGCGUUGCUCAGCUAUCGCCAACUGAAGGAGGAGACCUGGACCUCUCUUAUUCCAAACUGAAUGCUGAUGGUACCUGCUGGAGAAUGACUCACCUGGCUAGGAAAACUGAAACCCCUGGACGCUUCACCUUCCAUAGCCAGGCUUGGAACAAUGACAACGACAUGCGCAUUGUUGAUGUUGUGUACAACGACUAUGCUCUGGUCCACACCAUCAAGACAAAGGACGGCGUGUCUGAGGUCCUCAACAAGCUUUACAGUCGUACUCCUGAGACCAGUGCUGUCCUGCAGCAGAAGUUCACGCAGUACUCUUUGGACACUGGCAUCCUGGCUGACAACAUCGCUAUCCUGCCAAAGAAUGCCGAGUGUCCUGCGCCCUGAAGCGUCCCCAUCCUACACCCUCCGCCCUUCUUCUCUCCGUCUUUUAGCAAGUGCCAGGCUUUCAUCUCACGGGGGAGCCUUGCCCCCUUCCUCACUGUGAUGUGUGCAGCGUCACAAAGCUACACUUGGGGCGAUGAAACGCAAGCAUUUCCCACUAAUCGCCGCUACAUACCAAAGACCAACCCUGAUCCUGGUUCAGAUUUCACGCGUCUCCCAACUUUUGCAUUAACUGUGGCAUCAUAGUGGAAGAACAAAGGGCUGAUUGUGAGAGAAAAAAAAGGGAAGGAAAAAGUAAGAAUGUAUAAGCUGUUGGUGUGUUUUGUAACUGCUGAUUUCUUUUGUAGUUUUGUUUUCUUUUAUUAAAAAGAACUUAAAACAA